AUGCCAGCGCGAGAUAGCACCGCCGCCGGCACCGGCCCUAGCGGCCUUGAGAACACGUACAACAACUGCUACUGCAAUGCCGUCUUGCAGGCGCUUUACCCUAUCCACGCCUUUCGGGACAGGGUGGUCAGGCUAUCGCAAGCCGAGGCGGAGAUUUCGAGCGCCUUGGGCCAGCUCUACGAGCGCUGCACUGGAUUGAAUGGCGUGCAAUCGCCGAAGAAGCUUCUGCAAAAGAUAUGCAAGCAGAAUGAGUACUUCGUUUUGGGCGACCAGCAGGACGCGCAUGAAUUUCUCACGUACCUCAUCAAUACGAUGAUGGACGAAAUAAAGGCGCUGAACAAAGGCGACGAACCGAAGAGUGGCGCCGGCAAGGACUCAUCCGGUCAUGUUGGCGGUGAUGGAGGAACUGGGAACAAUAGGGACCGCUCUGGGAAGCGCCGUACUCCGUCGGUCGCAUCCCCCAAGCAGCAGAAACCCGAACGCACAUGGCUCAGCCGCCUAGUCGAAGGUUCACUGAAGUCUGAGACAACGUGCGACAGUUGUUCGACGGUGACUGGAACGUUGGAGCCGUUCCUCACGCUGUCGGUGGACAUCUUCGAGAACUGCGACAUCAGCUCCUGCAUACAGGAGUAUUGCGCGCCGGAGCGGCUGACUGGGAAGAACCAGUUUUACUGUGACAAUUGCAGGGCGUAUACCGACGCGUCGAAGCGUGUUGUCUUCGAGAAUCUGCCACCGAUAUUUAUUGUCCACCUCAAGCGCUUCAGGUUCACGGCUAUUUCUCCCAACACGUCGUACAGCGUACUGUACGAUUCAUUCGAGCGGCUUCCCUACUCCGUCACCUCAAACCGCAUGGUGACGUUGCAAAGCAGGACGCAGCGUACCCCCGUGGUGUACGAGCUGUUUGCGGUGGUGAAUCACGUGGGCACCUCGCCCAGCUACGGACACUACAACGCAAUUACGGAAGUCGAUGGUCGCUGGUACUGUUGCGACGACUCAUCCACCGUCCGCGUGUCCGACGUCAGCGACGAGCUGGGUGAUGAGCAGAGCAGCGGCAACCCCAACAGCUACAUCCUCUUCUAUCGCAUGAAGGCGCUUGCUGCUAGCCGGUUGUAA